UAUUCAUAAUCAUUUUUCACAUUUUAUCAAAUGCUUAUUAGAGGUUUAUAAAACGUUUGAUAAAAAUUGUUAUUCAUAAUCGUCAUUUAGCGCUAAAAUCCUCUUUUAUCUGUGUGAUAAGUUAUCGAGAGCUCGGGCCUUGUUUAAAGCUCUAAUAAACCUAUUUUAACCUAACUUUUAUAAAUGUCAUUUCAUAUGAAUGUCACUUCGUUGGUUUAUUUAUUCAAAAUAUCCUUGCUGUGAUCCUUGCUUGUGAAAAUGAAUGCUAUAAAUGCAAUUGUGCAUUUAGCCAAUAAUGCCGACCCAGCGCGACGUAGAAAGCUCUACCGCCAACGAAGCAACCCAUUCGAUUUGCGGGACCUAAAUUUUAAAAUAAAAUAUAGGUUCAAUAAGGACACAGUGCGCACCAUCAUAGAUUUGGUGGAAGAUGAUCUGGUUCAGAGCGCUAGAGGUGGUGGCACGUGUCCUGAACUGCAAGUUUUAGUGGCCAUAAGAUGUUGGGGACGUCGUGAGGUACAAGAUGAUGCUGGUGACCUCCAUGGCCUAAGUCAGCCGACAGUGAGCCGGAUAUGCGCCAGAGUCGCGCAUGCAAUCGCGAAUAAGGCAAAUUCCUUCAUCAAAAUGCCUAUCACUAUAGGAGAGCAGGAAAGAAUUAGUGCCAAAUUUAGAGCAAUUAAAAAUUUUCCUGGGGUGAUAGGAGCCAUAGAUUGCACCCACAUUAAAAUUAAAAAAACCGGAGGUGACAUGGCCCAGUACUAUAUUAAUAGAAAAGGCUAUUAUUCCCUGAAUGUUCAGGUUGUCUGUGAUGCUGACCUCAAAAUAAUGGAUAUAGUGGCUAGAUGGCGAGGCAGUACACAUGACAGUCGAAUUUUUAUGGAGAGCAAUAUAAAACAACGAUUUGAGGAUAGGCAGUUUAGAGGACGCCUUAUUGGCGAUUCGGGCUACCCUCUUCUGCCAUAUCUAUUUACACCUAUUUUAAGGCCUAGUCGUCCAGAAGAAGAAGCAUACAAUAAUGCUCACAUCUCAACUAGGAACACUGUUGAAAGGUGUUUUGGGGUGUGGAAGCAGCGGUUCCAAUGCCUACUCCAUGGCUUACCAGUAAGCCUCCAAAAUGGAAAAGCUGUGAUCAUAGCAUUGGCUGUAUUACAUAAUAUAGCCAUUGAUAUGAAUGACACAUUGUUAGAACAACAUAUGGAGCAGGUCCCUGUAACUCCGCAACUUUCGACGGAGAACAGUGUUCACGACAACCGACCUUCAUUGUUGAGGCGUAGGUCGCAGUUGAUACUACAAAAUUUUAUAAAUCAACAUUUUUGAAUGAUACUGUUCCUGGCAUCUUAAUGAAAAUAAAAAGAAUAUUUGAUUGAAAAA